AAGUGACACAUGUAUUAUAUAAUUUUAUUUUAUGAAAGCGUCUUUUAGAUUAUGUUUGAAGUUCCCAAAAUGGCCGUCUUCUACAGUUUUAUUAUUAUUAUUAUUAAUUGAAUAAAUUCUAUGUGCAAGGGUUCAACAUCAUCGCUUUAAUUUGCAGGGUUAGGUGGUUAUAACGUUGUGAAUUUGAAAAUAGGUGUAAACAUGUAACUGGAGACAGUUCUGCCACUUGAAUAUAGGCAAAAACACAGCGAUAUGCAGCAACAGGUUUAUUUCUGUGUGUCUGUGGGAAUUUGUUUCUGAUAGAUCCGCCUUUUCGCAUAUUGGCAGACCGUAUUAAAGUUAUUGAGUAGCGUGAUUAAAAAGCAACCCACACAUUACAUUAUAACUCUUUUCCUGUAUCAAUCCUAACCACAUCUUCAUACAACACCCUAUUAUAACAGUUUUCUGGUAUCUGAUACAUGGUAUUAUAACCAUGUUAUCUGGUAUGCAAUGGAUGCUCUGCCUAAUUUUAAAUUUGGUAUAAGUGUUACACCUUUAAUAAGGGAAGUGUUCUGCGUACUUCUGGAAUGAGGCAUAUUGUGGGAGAAAAACUGCAGCUGUAAAUCUAGUCUUAUAUUGUGUAUGGAAAUUAUUGUUGAUUAUUCUUAAAGUAUGCAGAACAUGUUCAUAUUUUCGAAAAUUUGAAUCGCGUUGGUAAAUUACUGUAUCUCCUGUUCGUUUCUUUAUUAUUUCAGGUUGAAGUUUAUAUGUUGGUAUUACUGAGUUUCAUAAAUUAUGUUCACAGGAGGGUACCGUAUGUUACAUUUAGUGAAAAGUACCAACAUUAAAAUUAAAUGUAACUGCAUUAUUUCUAUUAUGUGGAGAUAUUACAUUUUUUUAUUUAACAUACAGAACUACACGUUUCAGAGUAUCAUCGUCAUUACAAAGUUGGUCAUCUGUGGUGAGCGCAUAUGGCAUUACACGCUAGCCAACGUAGGCGAUCCAGUUUGGCUUUAUUGGCAUCGACAACUUUAUAGCUUAUUUCAGCAUUAUUAACCCUAUUUUAAAUAUUGGUAGAGAUAUGUGCUAUAUGUAAUGUUAAACAUUUGUAAUUUCUACAACAACAACGACCGAAAAUUCUACUUUGAAUUUUCAUGUUGGGCAUUCUGCAUGGCAGUACAAAUGGUUUCUUUUAUCUAUGGAAGUAGUUUGUGGACGCUGUUUACGGACAGUUUAUGUUAGCGUUCACUAACGUUUGUAUUAAAUGUAAUUAUGAAUGCUACUAGUCUUUAUGUGUCGACCUGUAGGCUAGUAUUGCACGCCGACAUAGAAGAUUCUUCUACAUGGACUGAUUUAUAUCGCUUGGUGCCAUAUCUGAGACAAUCUCUCUCUUGUACUGUUUGUGGAAACUUAUUAAUAGAGCCACACACUCCAACAGAAACAAAUUGUCAGCAUCAUGUGUGUAGAUCGUGUAAAGGAGGAAGGAAAAAGUUGAAACCUUCUUGCAGCUGGUGUAAAAAUUAUGAUAAAUAUGUAGAAAAUGUUCAAUUACGAAUCUUACUGCAGUGUUACAAAAAACUGUGUGAGUAUGUAACCAGCACUUCCAUUUAUAGGAGUCUCUUAGUAUCUGCUGCGACUGCUGCCAGUAAUGGAAAUAGCGCAGUUGGGACUUCAAGUCUUAUGGAUCUUAUUCAAGAAGGUGCAGGGUUUAAAGAUGAGUACAAAAGUACAGGUGGUCUGUCAAAGUCUGCUUAUAGCAUUUUGCCUUGUGUUUAUACUAGUACAUCAACACAGACCCAAACAGCUUUAGCAUCAGCAGCUGUAGGACCUGCUGAUUCAAAUAAUGGAUUGUCUGCAAGUGAUCUUCAAGCUAUUCGCAGUGUUUCCAAUGGUUCUUCUCUGUAUUCUGUUAUGUAUGCCGGGAGUGGGAACAAGAUAACAAUAAAGCGGAAACCCACUGAUUUGGAUGGUGAAGGAGUGGAUGGUAGCGGUUGUAGUGGUGAUGGACAAAUUCCACCGCAUCAUCCAUUGGACAAGAACAUGCAGGUUAGAUCUUACAUUGUUGACAACAGUCUGCUAGAAAAUCAGGUUAAUGUGGGAAGUUUCAAGAAACCGCAGCAGCGUAUUUCUUCCAAUAAGAGCCCUAGUGGGGGAAGUUCUGGAAGCAAGGGCAGUGGCGCGAGUUCCGGAACCAAGAGGAAGGGCUGUCGAUGUGGCAAUGCGACGGCGACUCCUGGAAAAUUGACGUGUUGUGGGCAACGGUGCCCUUGUUAUGUGGAGAGCAAGGCGUGCAUGGAGUGCCGCUGCAGAGGCUGCCGUAACCCCCACAGACCAGGGGGUCAUAAGGUACGCCCCCUUAUUCCGGAACUGCAGAACUUCCAACUCCAUCUCAGUCCCAGUUCCAUCAUGGGCUCGGCCACUUUGUCGACUUCUUGUAGUACCGCAGAGUCGACUCUCUCGGCCAUAGAUCCUCAACAGUGCUUGACGAUGGAUUCUACUGAUCUUUCUGCAAACACAGUGCAAGUACUAGGAGUGUAUACCACAGAGUUACAUACUGUGUCCUCGGCACUACCAGCCGCUUUGCUCGUCGGCGACGACAACCUCCCCUCUACCGAGAGCUCUGGUGAUGAUACCAGUGAUGUUGACAUAGACAUUUGACAGUACUACCAGCAAAUGGCACCACCAGGUGAUUCAAAUGAUUUUUGAGAUUGACACUUCUUUAAUCGUAAUAAGGUGCUGUGAAUAGAUUAUAAAUAUUUAUAAGAUGAAAAUUAACUCCAAGCAGACAAAUAAUCAGGUGUGCAGUUUUGCUAAGUAUGAGACUUUUGUGUUGUCCACUGCUUAUUACUUCAGAAGUUCAUCUGAUGAAACAAUGUACACUUAUACAUCAUUUCUGUGCGAUGAUUAUAUACUAGCAACUUUUUGGAUGUAAGAUUUUGGAUUCUUAUAGCGGUGAAGAUGUCGGUCACAGUCUUCUGGGUCGUUACGCCACGUGGCAUUAUAGGAAGUUACCAUUUUAUCAUAUCAGGGUUAACACUUCACACCUUGAAGAUGAAAUUGAAAUGGUCCUCGAAAUGUUGGUAAUUACGUGUAAGACCACGCGGUGUCACAACCCAGAAGACCACAAUUGACGACAUAGUAGAUAUUUUUGUAUGUAAGUAGUAGAAAGUUAAGUAUAAUAUGAAAUUUAUUGCUUAAACUAUAAUUUACACACUGUCUGGAAGGAAGUGUUCCGUAAGUACUCAUAUCGAACAUUUAUAUAUAUUUAAAUUCACUAUAUAUGGACUUGGAGGAAGAGGGGAUUGCAAAUGUGUACCAGGAACAGAGCGUUUAUGACAGCCAUGUUAGCACGGCUGGUACUUUGAAAAAUAAAACGUCUUGCUUUCAUACUACGUACACUGGAACGCAGCAGAACCAAUCAGAUAAAAUGUAUCGUUAACCAGCUCCAACUAGCCCACAUACAGGAAUGGAAAAUGUAAUCCAAUAUGCACCACUCUACUGGUUCUGCCAGCUGGUGAACAAAAAAAAUCAUUCUGUAUACUUCAUUUUCACCGCAGUUUCUACAGUUUUGAUAAAUUAUAGGAUUAAACAUGCCAAAUUAUUGUGCCACUUUACAUCACUUUUAUUUUAACAAACUGAAAUGCAGGCAGCAUUUAGAAGACUAAGUGACAAGUUUAACACAUCACAUUUCUGUCGUUAAGUAGCGAUUUAAAAGUAAGGAAAUCUUUAUUAUUACUACCCGUAAAGUAAAUACUGUUACUAACUUAUAGUUAAGUGGGUUUAAUGUAGAUGGGACUACUGUAUCUCACUUAACGAGCAUCACAUAUGCUAAUUUAGUCCGUGCAACUGUGAAGUUUCUGUAAUGAAAAUAUGAUGCACUUCAGCAGUGCAUUGACUUUA